AUGAGCCACGUUGGCAAGUCGGACAUGGUGGUGGGGAACGAUCAUGAGCUGGACACAUUCGAGGGUGCUCUGCGCGACAAGUACCAAGGCACGGCGCAAGAUCAUCGCGAUAUGCGAACGCUAGGCAAGACACAAGUGUUGAACCGCAACUUUCGCUUCAUCUCAACCCUUGGUUUCGCCUGUACGCUCAUGAGCACCUGGGAGAUCGAGCUGGCCUCAUCGCUCUUCGGGCUUCUCGAUGGAGGCACCGCUGGCCUUGUGUGGGGGUACCUGGUCUGUUGGAUGGGCUACGGCAUGGUCUUUGCUUCCGUCGCCGAGAUGGCCUCGAUAUCGCCAACUGCAGGGGGUCAAUACCAUUGGGUGUCCGAGUUUGCGCCUCGGUCUUGCCAGCGAUUCCUCAGCUGGCUGGUCGGUUGGAUAUCGGUCUUUGGAUGGCAGAUUGGGUUGGCCUCGCUCGCUUUUAUCGUUGGCACCGUCAUCCAGGGUCUGAUAGUCCUCAACAAUCCCACCUCGUACACAUUCGAGCGCUGGCACGGCACGCUUUUGGUCUGGGCCAUCGUUGCGUUCUGCAUCAUCUUCAACUCAUUCCUAGCGCACAAGCUACCUAUGGUCGAGGGCGCAGUCCUGAUACUACACAUCGUCGGCUUUUUCGCUGUUCUUGUUCCCCUUUGGACCCUCGCGCCCCGACUCCCUGCCAGCGAGGUGUUCGGCACAAUCACAAAUCUUGGUGGAUGGUCGAGCAAUGGUCUUUCCUUCAUGGUCGGGCUCCUAACGCCGGUCUACACUUUGCUCGGUGCAGAUUCAGCUGUUCACAUGGCUGAAGAAGUGAGAGACGCUUCAGUAACGGUCCCGAGAGCCAUUAUGACCUCGGCCGUCCUCAACGGAAGCUUAGGCUGGAUCAUGACGAUCACCUAUUGUUUCACGUUGGGCAACCUUUUCGUCAUCCUGCCUCCAGACAACACGACCGGAUACCCUUUCAUCCUGGUCCUUUACAACGCCACACAGAACAGGGCAGCUGCCUCUGUACUGACGGCGAUCAUCAUCACCAACAUCACCUCUGCAUGUAUCUCCACGGUCGCCACCGUCUCCCGCCAGACGUGGGCCUUUGCGCGCGACAACGGCCUGCCUUUCUCCAGCUUCGUGGCGCACGUCAGACCAGGCUGGAACAUCCCGCUGAACUCCGUUCUCAUCACCUUCACCAUCAGCUGCCUUUUGGCGUUGAUCAAUAUUGGAUCGACUGUGGCCUUCAACGCUAUCGGAUCCUGCGCUCUGGUGUCCAUCUUGAGCACCUACUUCAUCUCGAUCUCCGUGCUCGUCUACCGCCGCUUCCAGGGACCGCUGCCAGCUCGUCGAUGGAGCAUGGGAAGGUUUGGCAUCUUCGUCAAUCUGGGCGCUCUGGCCUGGCUUUUGACGGUUUGGGUCUUUUGUUUCUUCCCAUUGGCGACGGGCGUCCAACUGACCUUGGCAACGAUGAACUGGAAUUGUGUUAUCUAUGGCGGCCUGAUUAUUGUCGGAAUGGUGUACUGGUUCGUCCGGGGGAAGAAAACCUACACUCCUCCAGUCCUGUAUGUAGAGAGGACGAAUUAG